GUGCCUGGAGACUACCCCGAUCCCGGCGCCAACAAAAUCGGAGAUCACUUCUACUUGGUGGCCACGGGUGGUGGACCCAAAGGAGCUUUUCGCAUCCUGCGGUCUCCGAACCUGAUCCACUGGGAGCCCUGUGGGCAGGUCUUUGGGCCGGAUACUGUGCCUUCGUGGAGCGGUGGAGCUCAUGGCCAGUCAUGUGACUACUGGGCACCAGAAAUUCAUCAGCUCCCCGGUUGCGUGGCAGUAUUCUUCAGCACCAGAGAACCCAAGGAAGUUGGCAGAGCUUUGCAUAUUGGUGUGGCAACUGCAGAGCGUCCGGAGGGCCCAUACCGUGACUCUGGGCAGCGGCUGAUCAGCGAUCCACACUGGGCCAUUGAUGCGAGCUACUUCUACGACGCGGCCACCGGGAAGCAGUAUGUCCUGUGGAAGGUGGAUGGCAACGCUCAUAAGGUGCCAUCCUGCAUCAAAAUGAGAGAGCUGGACGCUGCUGGUACUGGCCUCGCAGAGAAGAGCGAAGCCGUGGUGUUGAUCCAUAGCGAGCUGAAGUGGGAAGGUGGCGUGGUCGAAGGACCUUUCCUCAUUCGAAGGGAAGACUUUUACUAUCUGUUUUACUCUGGCGAAUGUUACGGGAACCAUCGCUACUGUGUCGCUGUGGCUCGUGCAGAACAUGUGCUUGGACCGUACCUCAAAAGUGGUGCACCCGUCCUCUCCUCGGGCAUCGGCUGGGCGGGUCCCGGGCACUGUGUGGUGCUGGAUGCGGGCUCCGGUCAUGAUGUGAUGAUUUUCCAUGGAGCGGAUCACCUGGGAGGACGGUUGGCCCGUGGUCGGCUCCGGUGUUCCCUGCUCUGUGCCCCAGUCGUUGCCGCCACUGGACCCCGCGACGGCACGGACGCCAGGGGGGUCCUUCGUGCCGCGGCCGCCGCUGGAGAUGGGGAAGACGUAUCUGCUGCAGGUCUCGCAGGGCUGGGACGUCUACUUGGGCUACGAUGGAAAGCUCUCCAAGUCGAAGGACCAGGUCUUCACCGUGCGUCCCGGGCGACUGCCCGGGGGCACCGUCAGCCUCGAAGCCGCCGCCAGCGCGCCCGGGCGCUUUCUACGGCAUCGCUGUGGGAAGCUGGAGCUCGGUUCUGGCGACGACAAACUCUUUGCCAACGAUGCUUCCUGGAUGGCUCUGCCCGGCCUGGCGAGCGCUGA